GUGCGAUCGCGGUGCGGCGCUCAGGGCGCGGAGCGGUCGCUCCCGGCGCGGGGCCGCCAUGGCGUGGCCCUGCAUCACCCGCGCCUGCUGCAUCGCCCGCUUCUGGAACCAGCUGGACAAGGCGGACAUCGCCGUCCCCCUCGUUUUCACCAAAUACUCGGAGGCCACCGAGCAUCCCUCCGCCCCCGCUCCCCCCCCGCGCCCCGCGGCCCCCAUCGAGACCCAGCCCGGCGGCGAGGCGGCGGCGGGAGGCGCAGGGGGUGAGCCGGCUCCCGGUCCCGCCCGGCCCGGCCCGGCCCCUCACGCCUCUCCCCCGGUCGACUCGGUCAUGCGGCAUGACUACAAGCCCUGGAAGGUGCAGCGGCCGGAGCCGAGCUGCAAGCCCAAGAGCGAGUACCAGCCCUCGGACACUCCCUUUGAGAAGGAGACGCAGUACCAGAAAGAUUUCCGUGCCUGGCCCAUCCCCAAGCGGGGCGACCAUCCCUGGAUCCCCAAACCGGGACCUUCCCCCGUUCUGGCCCUGGAUCGCUCUUCCCCGGAGAAAUCGGCUCAGGAGAAGCGGCGGAAGGUGCACAUCAGUGCCGAAAAGAAGGAGGAAGACCCCGAGGUGGAGGAUGAGCAUCCCAAAACAGUGCGGGCCUGGGAUGGGAGAGAGAAGGGUCGGAAGAAGGCGGAGGAGGCGGGCGGGCAGCCGGCGGAGCCGAGCAGGGGCCGGGCGGCCGCCGAUGCUCUCAAUAGGCAGAUUAAGGAGGAGGUAGCGGCGGGGGUCAGCUCGUCCUACAGAAAUGAGUUCAGACCGUGGAUAGACGUCAAGCCCGUGAARGCGAUAAAAGCAAAGCCCCAGUACAAGCCACCAGAUGAGAAAAUCACCCAUGAAACCAGUUACAGCGCUCAGUUCAAAGGGGAAACCAGUAGGCCUUCUCCAGCUGAUAACAAAUACCUGGAACGCAGAAGGAUACGCACUCUCUACAGUGAACCCUACAGAGAACCUCUGAAGGUGGAAAAGCCUAGCAUAAAGCCUUCCAAACCAAAAAAGACCACAACAAGCCAUAAACCCCUGAAAAAGGCCAAAGACAAGCAGAUUGCAUCUGGCCGGGCUGCCAAGAAAAAGAGCGCCGAGACCUCCAACACUGCAAAGCCGGAGGAUAAGGAGAAAAGCAAAGAGAUGAACAAUAAACUGGCUGAGGCAAAAGAGUAAAUGUCACUGCAUUUUCUUUUCCUUCUCAUUUUUUUUCCUUUUCUUUCUUCUUUCCUUUUUUUUUCUUCUCCUUGAUUAAAUAAAGGCCACAAAAUUAAUUAGAGGCUUCUAAUCUGCUUUUUGUUCUGAUUGUUUUAGAAGCUUUUCUGUUUUAUUUCCAAGGAGGAUUAGGAAAUUCUUGUUUCUGAGGUCAGAUUGUUCUGCUUUGCCUGCACACCAUGGCUCUGCACAGAGUGAGGGAUGUGGGAAUGCAUAAGCAGGGUCCUAAGAGAUGAAGGUGAAGGAUCAACAGUGAUUUACAUCCAACUGCUUGUCCCUUUCCUUGAGCUUUGACAGCAUGGAAGUGCAAAUUGAGCCAUGUAGGGGCAGUGCUCUCAUCCCAUGAAGCCCUUUAGGGUUGGCCAUUGUUGUGUCACCUCCCACUGGUGUCAGCAGGUGAAGGGUUUUAAAGGCAGAGAGGAUCAAGAUCAUUCAUGGUGCCGUGGAUCUUCUGUAAAUCCACCAGAAUCAGAGGUGUGGCCAAGAGCAAUUUCCCCUGAUGACACUGAUGGGAAUUCUGCUCCAAGAAGCAAUGGGAAAGGAGAUCCCAUGGAAAUUAAGGGCCAAAUCCUCCACGACAGUAGGUGGGAGUAGGUCCAGCUGCAUCAAGGCAACUUCACUCACUAACACCACUUGAAGUCCUUCAUUUAAAAAAAAUAAAGAGUGAGGGAAGGUGCAGUGGGCAGUGAAGACUUUCCAAAYACAUGGCAGGUUAGACUAGGUUAUCAGCAGAUUGUUCUUCCCUAUUGUUUCCCUAGGUUAUGGAUCUUUUUAAUUAUUACUGUUCUUUUUGAAUCUUGAUCUGCUUUCUUCACUUCUGGGGUGCCAACAGAGCUAGGUUUCAGAAAGUGGUUUAGUUUGCAGGCAUGACCUUCCAAAGGGGUAAAAAGAAAUGUUUCACCAAGGCUGSGUAGAGCUGUCAGUGCCCAUUGUGUUGAUUCUUCCACCUGUUUACGUUCAUGUUGGCUCAYGAGCAUCCUUAGAGGGCCAUAAAAAAAGUUGCUGGGAUCCUUAGACWCCUUCCAGAMAAACUCUCAGGGUUUCAAUCCUAUWUAUUGUGCUCUCUAGGAAAUCCYCACAACCAUUUUGGAAGCCCUAAACACAACAAGACCAUUUGUCAGAUAGUAUGAACUGACCCAACAGGCUGGCAUUUUAUGUCACAGAAUCUGGGUCAUUGGAUCAGUGGGAGAGUUGGGGUCCCAAUCCAAAUUUAUGUGCCUAACYUCUGGAUUGGGUCCUAAAUACAUAAGGAUUAAUCUUGAUCCCACCAAACUGAGCUGUUAAACUCUCCCAUAGCAGAGUAGCUAGCUACAAGUUAAGAUGCAGGGCUCUUGGUUGGUUUUUUUUUGCAGCUCCAAAAUUCCUCUCCUAAUGUGAAGGCCAGCUUGAAACUUCUGGAGGACAAUUGGGAAGCRCAGAGACAGAAAGUAGGGUAUGGAGGUGGUGUGUUGCUGUAGAGGUAGUGGAAUGGGGAAAGUCUUACUGCUAGGGGUAUUUUAGAGACGUGAAACUAUCUAGCAGAAAAAAUAAUGUGUUGGGAGGGUGAGGAGUCCUGUUUUGGGGGUUUUAUCCCAUUAGAAUUGGGUCUUUUGGAAACAUUUAUAAAUGAGUGGUGGUCUACAGGGUUUGAGUGAAAGUUUYGACUGAGGAGAAAAGCUCCAUGAUAUACAGAUAGUAACAUUUGCUGGCCUUAGUAAUGAAUAAAUGACAAGUUCAAUGUAUCAUGUGAUGUGUCCUGUUUGCCUUGUGCUAACAGCCUAAACCUUUGAGUAUCAGUAAGUAUAGUGUUCUGAAUUCAGUGGUGUAAUUUCAAGCUUAGCUGUUUUAGAACUGUGUGCUAUGAGCUAAUCAGGUUUGGCAAUGUGUAUGUGGAAAAUAUACAUUCAUAUAUAGAAAUAUAUUUACGUAUUUAAACCUCCAUGGUUUAGGAGGAAACCAGGGGAAAUCCUCCAGGAAGUAAAACUGUGGAAAUAUUUGUGAAUGUAGUGCUUUUUUUUUUUCUUUUCCUGGAUGUGCAUGCCUCAUGGAGAUGCUGACCUGUUCACAUUGAUCAUUGCUUUUCUGAGUACACAAAAGCCCUGCAGCACUGCACAGCUCUGUCUCCAGAGCAGCUCAGCAAAARGCUUGUGUUGAGCUGGACCAGAGGCAUGCUGCUUGCAGCUCUUCCUACCCAUCACAAAAGGGACAACUGGCCAGAGAAGAUGAGCUCCCAAGACUUUGGCGUGAAUUCCUUGGCUUUUAAGAUGCUUCAUGCAUCUUCACCAUCCUCAGUAAUGUCCUUUCCUAUUGCAGGAUGUAGCACCAGUUGCRAAGAUAUGUCACACCAGGCAAAACACAUCAGGUAGGCCCUAGACAGUUCAAAUAGCUCAAUAU